CCAAAAACUUGAAAUUGAGGUUAUUAACGAAGAUGAAGAUGUUCAUUGCAUCCUUAUGGAUUUUCCCAAGGAAGUUUUAAGUUUCAAAUCGAGCACUAACAGCAUGCUUGUUUGCUCUGAGAAGAGGAGUCGGGCAUUUACACUGAGGAACUGUGCUUGGAGUUCAGCAGUAGCCAUUGAUGGAUUUCUAAAAACCGAUGAAAGACAACGACUGGCAAAGGAGAGAAGAGAAGAAAGGGAGAAAUACCUUGCUGCUAGGGAACAGCAGAUACUGGCGAAGGAGAGAAGAGCAAAACUUCAAUAUGAGAAGCAAAUGGAGGAGCGAUGGAGAAGGCUGGAGGAACAAAGGCAGAGAGAGGAGCAGAAGAGAGCAGCUGUUGAAGAGAAACGGAGACAAAAGCUUAAAGAGGAGGAGGAGCGUUUAGAAGCCAUGAUGCGUCGGUCCCUUGAACGCAGCCAGCAGCUGGAGCAGAAGCAGAAGCGGUGGUCGUGGGGAGGAGCACUGGCUGCAGGCUCAGGAGGGAGAGACGGUGAAUCAGAAAAUACCCCACCCCCUGUUCUAGGUUUAGCUGCCAACACCCUUCCUCCAGACCCUGUGACCUCUACUGCUCCUGCUGAUUCCUUCAAUGCAUGUGACAAACUUUCAGCUUCUACAAUGAAUCUGCCAAAGCAAAUGGAAUCGCCCAUCAGUAAGCGCCUCUCCUCCUCUACAGCGGCAAUAACACAUUCCCCCGACAGAGCACCAGCCAGUCCUCUUAAAUCUCCCUACAAGCCUUCCCCCACCCGAAGCACUGACAGAAAGAAGGCCACUUCGCCCUCCACUUCUGAUGCCAUGAAAGGGGCGGCUGCAGCUGAAGCUACUCAGACUGAGAAGAUAAAGAAAGAGAAGCGACCUGCAACACCAUCAUCAUCUGGUAUGGGAUCUCCUCUAAGAAGGUCUGAUUCUCCUGCUGCCUUGUCCAGAAGAUCUGCAUCACCUGCGACACCUAAGACAGUUGCAAAGACUUAUCCUCAAUCUCCUAAAAAUGCCAAACAAUAUCCAGCUUCUCCUGUGAAGCAUCGUGCCACUUCUAAUCUCAACCAGGAAACUCCUAAAAAGAAAGCAGACAAGGAGAAAGAAAAUGUCAGUCAUCAGAAAUCGCCGGGAGCACGCACUGAUGAGGCAGGCCAGGUGCCUUCUGCAGGAAAGACUGAAAACAGUGAAGGGAAGAUCACGGCAGGGACAACUGAUGCAGAAGAAGCUUCAAAAAUUCUAGCUGAAAAAAGACGACAGGCCCGCCUGCAAAAAGAGCAAGAAGAAAGGGAGAGGCAGGAAAGAGAAGAACGGGAGAGGCUUGAAAGAGAAGAACAGAAAAGAAAGGCAGAAGAAGAAAGACUUCGUCUAGAGGAAGAGGCUCGUAAGAAGGAGGAGGAAAGAAAACGUGAAGAAGCAGCAGCCAGGAAAAAGGCAGAAGAGGAAGCCAGGAGAAGAGCUGAGGAAGAACAAAUGCUAAAAGAAAAGCAAGAAAAAGAGCUCCAAGCCAAACUUGAGAAACAGAGGGAAGAAGCAGAAAUCAAAGCCCGUGAGGCGGCUGAACAACUUCGUCUUGAAAGGGAACAAAUCAUGCAGCAAAUUGAGCAAGAAAGACUGGAGAGGAAGAAGAGAAUAGAUGAAAUAAUGAAGAGAACAAGGAGGAGUGAAACACCAGAAAUAAAGAAGGAAGAGCCAAAACUGGAGGUACCAUCAACUUUGAAUGUGGAAAAGCAACCAAGGGCCCUUGUUCUCAGCCAGCCAGAGAUCAAUGGAUUGGCAACCUGCCUGAAAAAUAAAAGCUUAGAAACUGCUGCCUCUGUAAUCCCUUCCCAAGACGUAGUUGCUAAUGGACUCAAGUCAGUUUCAGGACUUAUUCAGCUGGAAGCUGUUGAUGGGAAAUCUGCCAGCAUGGAAGAUUCAGCAGAUGAGGUUCAGUCCAUGGAUGUGAGCCCUGUUUCAAAAGAAGAACUUAUCUCUAUCCCCGAAUAUUCACCCAUGAAUGAACUCAUGCCCGGUGUUUCUUUGGACCAAAAUGGGACAAGUAAUGCCAAGGCUCUUGAAGAUCUCUUGGAUUUCACAGGCCAAGCUACGUACUCCAAGAUGUCCAGUGAUACCAUUAGCCUAGAUGACUGUAACAAAAACUUGAUUGAGGGAUUUAACAGUCCAGGACAGGAAAAUACACUUAAUUCUAUCUGUUGACCACCUCGCUUUUCAGCAGAACAGAUAAAGAGGUAGCAGUUUGUGGAGGAGAUAUGUCCCUGUGAUGCUACUGGCAGUAAAAUAUGAGCUUGUCACUUGAAAAAGCUUCUGCAGUCCUUGAACACUGGAUUUCAAAUAAUCAGAGCUGAAUAUACCUUUGUCUUCCCAGGGAAUAUGUUGAGUAACUGGCUGCUUUGGGCAGAAACCAGUGAUCUAGAACCUCGAUGGUUUCAGGGAAGACUGAGAGUGCAUUAGGAUUUGAGCUUUAGCUGCUAAUAAAGCACUUAUUUCUUUUUUUAAUUUAAAAUUCAUCUCAACACUUCACUGUGAUUUUCACCUGUGCAUUUUAUGUUGAAAUUACUCUUCCUUAAGCUUUAUCGUACAUCUAUUUAGACAUCUUUUUCUUGUAAAUAAUGAUGAGGUUUGCCCACGGUGCAUUGAAAUGAAAUAAUAUUCUGUACUUUAGUUUUGUGCCUAUUUUUUUUUUGUCUUUAAUAAGGAAUUACUAGUAACUUUUAUGCAGGUGUAUAAUUCAAAACUGUAGCUGAAGAGGCUUGAAAAAUAU